AAUUAUGACUGUUAUAACAACAUUGGAUCCUAUUUGUGAUUCACCAUUAUGGGACAGCGACCAGAGCUGGAAUACAACMUCACCACGACUGUCCUCAUGUCUAUUAGAAACUGUAUUUGUUUGGCUACCAUCCGGUUUUCUAUGGCUAUGCCUGCCCUACAUAAUCAUCGAUGCCUACCGUUCCCGUAAAGCGGCCAUACCGUGGAACAUCUACAAUACAUGCAGACUGGCCAUUGCCCUGAUCCUGGCACUGGUAACUGUUGGCGAUUUCAUAGCCUGUAUGAUCCGACAGUUCAGCAACUAUGCCGACGAUCAGCCAACAGUUGCCCACUCGAUGGCCGCRGCUAUCUAUACGGUCAGUCGUGUAAUACUGGUUCUGGUCUACUAUGUUCAUCGGGUAUCGGGUAUACACUGUUCGGGUAGUAUAUGGUUUUAUUUGUUAGCCGAAACCCUGUUUAUGACACUAUCGACGGCCAGCUAUUCGCUGGCCGCCGACRACGAGUCCGGACCGAUGAGACUGACCUACGAGUACGGCCUAUAUCUGGUUGAAUACUCGCUAACYAUAAUGUUGUUCCUAUUGAGUUCGUUUGCCGACCGAUACCCGCCAUCAUCGGGUAGUAGUGUUGUUGUUGUCGCCGAUGAUGUUGGCGUAGCCUAUGAUAAACUGAAUGGCAAAGUCAACGGUAUCGGUGAUGAAAAACCAGUGACAGCACCGGCAGUAUCUGCUAGUAUAGCACCGUUAGGUUCGCGUAUUUGUCCCAAAGAAACCGUAUCGUUUCCGUCGAAACUKGUAUUUGAAUGGAUGACCGGUUUGGUAGURAAAGGUUGGCGAAGUCCGCUGACCAACGAUGAUCUGUGGGAUGUCCGACGCGAAGAUAAAUGUCGUACAGUUUACAGACAGUUCAACAGGUAUUGGACGACUACUACUGGCGGCGAUCAUAAAAGUCUGGCUACCGGUGCUGAUACUGUCGAUGGCCGCGGCGGCGAUGAUGAUGAUGACGAUGAUGAUCAUCGGGUAGUCAGCGAGCUAUCGGGUAAAGGAGAUAUCAAGUAUCAGUCGAUCAAAAAUUUGGAUCAAAAAAUGCCGACAAAAUCGAUGCCAGAGUUGGCCACUACUACCGGUACUACCGGUGCCGCCGGAAACAAGAAACUAAUGUCGGUUAUAGCCCGGACUUUUUGGUUUUAUUUUCUAACACCCAGUGUACUGAAACUGGUAGCCGAUACUAUACAACUGGCCAAUCCAAUGAUCAUGAAAUUGCUAAUAGGUUUUACCACUGACCUAACUGAGCCCCUAUGGCACGGCUACUUUUAUGCGGCACUGUUUGUCAUAACCAAUGUCUUCCAGAGCCUAAUCAAUGGCUAUCAACAGCAACGUAUGGCCGUAUUAGGUAUGCGUAUCAGGACAUGCCUAAUAUCGGCCGUCUAUCGUAAAUCCCUGGUACUGGCCAAUCACUCGAAACGUGACACCACUACCGGCGAGAUAGUCAACCUGAUGGCCGUCGACUCCCAACGGUUUGUCGAUAUGUUACCGUUUCUCAGUUUCCUAUGGACAGCACCCGUCCAGAUCGGUAUAUCCUUGUAUUUGCUAUACAACGAAAUGGGUGUGGCCACUAUGGCCGGCCUGGUAUUGAUGAUUAUAUUCAUACCCGUCAACUAUUGGGUCAGCUCAAGGGUCAAGACUAUACAGACACAACAAAUGAGGCUAAAAGAUGAACGCCUACGCGGUAUGAAUGAAAUACUCGGCGGAAUCAAAGUUUUGAAAUUAUACGGUUGGGAGGAAGCAUUCGUACAGUCCAUACUGGGUAUACGUAAACGUGAACUAUAUUAUAUACGUAAAUCGGGUUUUAUAACAUCGGUGAUGGUCGUCCUAUCGAGUUGUACACCGUUUUUUGUAGCACUGGUAACAUUUGCCUGUUAUAUCAUAUUGGAUGGUCAACUGAGUGCGGAAAAAGCAUUUGUAUCGAUUGCAUUGUUCAAUCUGUUACGUAUACCUCUGACAAUGGUUCCCAAUAUGGUUACCAGUUUGAUAUUGACAAUGGUUUCGGUAAAACGUUUGGGAAAAUUUCUAAACUUUGCCGAACUAACCAAUUAUGUUGGCCACGACCGACAUAACCCGAACGAAAUGGUACGCAUAGAAAACGGAUCGUUUACUUGGGACAGGGCCGAGGAUGUCCUAACCGGGUCGGUAAAACCGACACUCGACCGGAUCAACUUGAAAGUAAUGAAAGGCAAAUUUGUGGCCAUCGUUGGCAAUGUUGGUUCCGGUAAAAGUAGUCUACUCUAUGCACUGUUAGGCGAAAUGGAAAAAUGUUCAGGAUCAGUUAACAUAAACGGUGAUUUGGGCAACCGUUUAGCUUAUGUACCCCAGCAGGCAUGGAUACAAAAUGCUACCCUAAGGGAUAAUAUAUUGUUUGGCAGGGAUUAUGAUCAUAAAAAAUACCGACGCGUAUUGCGUGCCUGUGCCCUGAAACAGGAUCUCCUAACACUGGCCGGCGGCGAUAUGACCGAAAUCGGCGAAAAAGGUAUCAAUCUGUCGGGUGGCCAAAAACAACGUGUCAGUCUGGCCCGUGCUGUCUAUUCCGACUCGGAUUUGCUACUAAUGGACGACCCGUUGUCGGCAGUGGACAGUCACGUUGGGAAACAUAUUCUGGACGAAGUUCUCAGUUCACGUACGGGACUAUUGCAUAAUAAAACACGUCUAUUGGUUACCAAUAGUUUGUUUGUGUUGCCCGAUGUCGACUAUAUUGUUGUCCUCAAGAAUGGCCAGAUUACCGACUACGGUACCUACGAUGAACUGAUGGCACAGAAGGGCGAUUUUGCCGAACUAAUUGGCCAGUACUCGACCAAUAAUAAUAAUAAUAAUACCGACGACGACACCAAUAGUUCACAUUCAUCCUCGACGGAUGACCUGCGAAUGGGUCCCCGAUCGCAUCGGGCGUCCACAUUGAUGGCUCAGGUCAGUGUCGAGUCGACGGGUAGCGGUGCGGCCGGCACUGCCGCUGCCGACGGUACUGAUAUGUCCAAACUGGUCGAAGCCGAAACAUCGGAAACCGGUAGCGUCAAGUUUACGAUAUAUAAAAAGUUUGCCAAAUCUAUGUCCCUGUUCUGGACGUUCAGCAUAUUGAUCGGCUACGCGGCUACCAAUGCCUGCAACAGUGGCUCUAGUUUUUGGCUAUCCUAUUGGACGGCAACCAAUGAUAGCAGCACCGGUAGCCAAAGUGACAGUAGUAAUCAUGGUACUUGGUUUUAUUUGGGUAUCUAUGCCCUCAUCGGACUAAGUCAAGCCGUAUUUGUUUGGUACGGUUAUGUAUCGAUAGUAUCCGGUACACUGUUGGCCUCCCGUACCCUACACUAUAGUCUAUUGAUGAAAAUCAUGCAUGCACCCAUGCAUUUUUUUGAUACCACACCCAUCGGACGUAUUAUCAAUAGGUUUAGCAAAGAUAUUGAUAUAUUGGACACUAUGAUGCAGAUGACUAUCAGAGUCCUAAUGAGUACGGCUUUCCAAACAUUGGCCAUUUUGGUGACCAUUUCCGUACAGACACCGCUAUUUAUAGCCAUUUUUAUACCCGUAAUGAUUAUCUACUAUUUUAUACAGAAAUUUUAUGUAGCAACAUCACGUCAAUUAAAACGGCUAGAAUCGGUUAGCCGAUCGCCAAUCUAUACACACUUUUCGGAAACAUUGAACGGUGCAUCGACCAUACGAGCCUACAGUGCCAACGAUCGGUUUGUACGGGUAUCCGAUCGGCGGGUCGACUCCAACUUGAAGUGUUCCUAUCCGUCAGCACUGGCCAACUGUUGGCUAACCAUGCGUUUGGAAUUCCUGUCUAAUUGUAUCAUAUUUUUUGCUGCCCUCCUAUCGGUUGUCUCCAGGGAAGGCCUUAAUGGUGGCCAAAUAGGACUGUCCAUAUCGUACGCACUGAAUAUAACACUGGCACUCAAUUGGGGUGUCCGCAUGUUUGCCGAAAUGGAGAACAAUGUCGUAGCCGUCGAACGUAUCGAAGAGUAUGCAAAUGUUGAGUCGGAGGCCGACUGGUAUUCACCGAAUACACCGCCGACAGAGUGGCCACACGAAGGUCGGGUCGAGUUUGUCGACUACGGGACCCGAUAUCGACAUGGUUUGGAUCUUGUGCUCAAAGGUGUCGACAUUAGUGUCAAAAAAGGCGAAAAGAUCGGUAUUGUUGGCCGUACCGGUGCCGGUAAAUCCUCUCUAACAUUAGCAUUGUUUAGGCUAAUUGAGUCGGCAUUUGGACGUAUAGUUAUAGAUGACAUAGAUAUCAGCAAAAUAGGACUUAUGGAGUUGCGUUCAAAGCUGACAAUCAUACCGCAAGAUCCGGUACUGUUUGCCGGAACUAUAAGAUCAAAUUUGGAUCCGUUUGGCAAAUAUAAUGAUGAGGAGGUGUGGCGUGCAUUAGAGCACUCGCAUCUCAGAGAGUUUGUUAAGAGUACUGAUAUGGGUAUCAAUCAUAAGGUGUCGGAAGGCGGCGAUAAUCUCAGUGUUGGUCAACGACAGCUAAUGUGUUUGGCUCGGGCACUGUUACGCAACACAAACAUACUGAUCCUCGACGAGGCUACCGCUGCCGUCGAUCUGGAAACGGAUGCCCUGAUUCAGACAACUAUACGCCAGGCAUUCACCCGUUGCACUAUAUUGACAAUAGCUCAUCGAUUGAAUACAAUUAUGGACUCGGAUCGGGUACUGGUGCUCGACUAUGGACGGGUAGCCGAAUAUGAUUCACCACAAAAGCUACUCGAAAACGAACGGUCCAUAUUCUAUUCGUUAGCCAAAGAUGCCGGUCUAGUAUAGUAGUAGAAAACGGUCGGAUCGGAUCUCCCGGUGCUGA